AUGUUGGAUUAUUUGCACAAGCAGGAGAUUAAAAUCAGACAAAAUCUUUGCUUUGCGCUGAAGAGGUUACGGAACCUCAAUGAUGCCAAGACGAUGAAGUUCUGGGUAGAUGCGAUCUGCAUUAAUCAAGAAGACAUCGUCGAACGUUCGAAAGAGGUUAUGAUGAUGCAGCGGAUAUAUUCACAAGCCAACAAAGUGAUUAUCUGGCUCGGCGAGAUUCACAUCGACGACAACACAUUCGAGGAAGCAGAGAGUCAAUUCACAGCCAUGGCUAAAAUUCUCAAGAACGGAUCCGGAGUGCAGACGCCUCGUUUACACGAUAUUGCACAUGUUCUUAGGCAACCGGAAACACAUAUCAAUCACUCUUUCCGCCACUGGUUGGCACAACCCAAAAGCUGGGAUCUGGUCCGCAAAGUCGUGGUGUCGAAAUGGUUCACACGUGUUUGGGUUCUACAAGAGUUCGCGCAGGCACGAGAUGUAGUUAUUUUACUAGGCACUCAUGCGUUUCGCUCUUUCGAUCUCUUCCUAUGCGCCUUGCAUAUUCGAAAAAUACACUUUCAUCUCACAACCACCGAGAAAAUGUAUCUAGAUCGUGUAGUGCGGAUAUAUCUCACGAGCUUUCCAAACUAUUUACUCCCGCAGUUGGAAACGGCACGCAUUUUCGAUGCGACGGAUAAAAGAGACAAAGUCUACGCAGUGUUAGGCUUACCCUCCGGAGAAGACAGAGAUCUUGGUGUUCGCUCGCUUCUGAGACCUGAUUAUUCGAAGCCGGUCUGGGAGGUUUAUGGGAAUAUGGUGCGGCAUUUCAUUUCUGAAUCGAGAGUUCGUUCUAUUAAAUCUCUCCACGAUGGAGAACAUGCUGUUGGCCGACAUAGAUAUGGCGAAGGGGUUUUGGAUAUUCUUCGUCCGACGGAACAUACUGGUUUGAUUCCUGACAAAGACAAAGCAUUGUAUCGUCAUCCACCUGGUUUAUGGGCUGUGGAUCCAAGAUAUUUGCGGCAACCGUCGUUGGAUCUGGACGUCGGAUACAAUCCACCAAAUGAUGCACAAGAUUCCAGAAUCCUCCAAUUGAAAGGCAUCAAACUCACAACCGUAACGGCAAUCUUUGAUCAGCAUCUGCUGCCGGUCCCCUUCCAUGAGCGUAAUUCGGCUUCUACGGUUAGGAGACUGCAGCAGAUAGUUCAAGACCACUUCUCAACUACGAUUUCACGCUACCUGGGCCCUAACUCUCUCGAGGCAGACUUUGCAGAAACCAUCGUCGCAGGUACGAAAACUGACCUAAGUCAGCAAACUUCAACGGAAAGUAUGGAGACAAUUACGCAACCUGACUUUGACGAGCUAAACGCAAUGACGCACUGGCUUGAAUAUUCAGAAGUAGGCCAUCAGGUCAUCGUUGGGUCUCCGCACGAGGAAAUGACAGAGUGGUUGAAAUUGGAGGACAAUACUGCAUCUGCAUCCUCAUUGAGUUCAGGGUGCUCAAGGAGUAGUACAUUUCAAAAAUCCGUCGAUCUAAACCGAACCGUUUUUGCUACUGAAGAUGGAAAGUUGGGGAUUGGAACGACGAAAAGUAGAGUUGGAGAUGAAAUUUGGCUACUUUUUGGCGGGCGAACACUGUUUGUUCUGAGAAAAGCAAAGAGUGUAAAAAAGGUGAACGCAAAUGAAAGAUGCAAACUUAGGGGCCUUGUUGGGGAGUGUUUCGUUAAGGGUUUUAUGGACGGGGAGGCUUUGAAGGGAGUUGCAGGUGGAGAUGGUGUUGAAGAGUGCUGGCUGGUUUAG